GUGUUGUUCCUCUUACCCAGGCCUCCACUUGCCACCCGACUGCUGGCCCACAAGAUCCAGUCCCCACAGGAGUGGGAGGCGAUCCAAGCCCUGACGGUGCUGGAGACAUGCAUGAAGAGCUGUGGCAAGAGGUUCCACGAUGAAGUGGGCAAGUUUCGCUUUCUCAACGAGCUCAUCAAGGUUGUGUCUCCCAAGUACCUAGGCUCUCGAACAUCAGAGAAGGUAAAGAACAAAAUCUUGGAGCUCCUCUACAGCUGGACGGUUGGCCUGCCUGAGGAAGUGAAAAUCGCAGAGGCCUACCAGAUGCUAAAGAAACAAGGGAUUGUGAAGUCUGACCCCAAGCUUCCAGAUGACGCCACCUUUCCCCUUCCUCCUCCACGGCCCAAGAAUGUGAUCUUUGAAGAUGAGGAGAAAUCCAAGUCCCAGCUACUCAAGAGGCUGAGGCAAGAGGAUUUGCGUGGCUCUAGCCUGAUCAUGAUGCAGGCUCUUGGGCCAUUUGUCAAUGUAUGUCCCCAGGACCAGAAGCGGAUGGAGAAGAUCUCAAAGCGGGUAAAUGCCAUUGAGGAGGUGAACAACAAUGUGAAACUGCUGACGGAGAUGGUGAUGGGCCACAGCCAGGGGGGUGCGGCUUCGGGCAGCAGCGAGGACCUCAUGAAGGAACUGUACCAGCGCUGUGAGCGGAUGCGGCCCACACUGUUCCGAUUGGCAAGUGACACAGAGGACAAUGAUGAGGCCUUAGCGGAGAUCCUGCAGGCCAAUGACAACCUCACCCAGGUGAUCAACCUAUACAAGCAGCUGGUGCGGGGCGAGGAGGUCAAUGGUGAUGCCGCAGCUGGCUCCAUCCCUGGGAGCACCUCAGCCCUGCUGGACCUUUCAGGCCUGGAUCUGCCUCCUGUUGGCACCACCUACCCAGCCAUGGCCUCCCACCCUGGCGAGCAGGCAAGCCCCGAGCAACCCAGUGCCUCAGUUUCCCUGCUUGACGACGAGCUCAUGUCUCUGGGCCUCAGCGACCCCACACCCUCUUCAGGCCAGAGUUUGGAUGGUACUGGAUGGAACAGCUUCCAGUCAUCGAGUACUGCAGAGCUCCCAGCCCCUGCUCCAGCCCAGGCCCCCAGCAUGGACAGCCGGCCCCCAGCACAGACAUCCCUGCCAGCCAGCAGUGGUCUGGAUGACUUGGACCUCUUGGGGAAGACACUCCUGCAGCAGUCAUUGCCCCCGGAGUCCCAGCAAGUGCGGUGGGAGAAGCAGCAGCCAGCCCCCCGGCUCACACUCCGGGACCUACAGAAUAAGAGCAGCAGCUGCAGCUCCCCCAGCUCCAGUGCCACCAGCCUGCUCCACACCAUGUCCCCAGAACCUCCUGGGCCUCCACAGCAGCCUGCACCAACAGAGCUCUCUCUGGCCAACAUCACUGUGCCCCUGGAGUCCAUCAAGCCCAGCAGCAUCUUGCCUGUGACCGUGUAUGACCAGCAUGGCUUCAGAGUCCUCUUCCACUUUGCCCGUGACCCGCUGCCGGGGCGCUCCGACGUACUGGUGGUGGUGGUUUCCAUGCUGAGCACUGCCCCCCAGCCCAUCCGCAACAUCAUUUUCCAGUCAGCUGUCCCCAAGGUCAUGAAAGUGAAGCUACAGCCACCCUCAGGCACGGAGCUGCCAGCAUUUAACCCUAUUGUCCACCCCUCUGCUAUCACCCAGGUCUUGCUUCUUGCCAAUCCCCAUAAGGAGAAAGUUCGCCUCCGCUACAAGCUCACCUUCACCAUGGGCGACCAGACCUACAAUGAGAUGGGGGAUGUGGACCAGUUCCCCCCACCUGAAACCUGGGGGAGCCUCUAGAGCAGAAGGGCUGGGGAGAGAUGGGAGCAGAGGGACUAGACACAAUCCAGCCUGGGCCAGAGGCUAUGGUGGCCAAGGACAUCCUUUGCCCCCCAUGGCCAUUUACCCCAGACCUGGUGCUUCUCCCCUCACCCCCAUGGCCCUCCUGCUUUGCCCUGUCUUCUGCUGAGCCAAACCCAGCAGAAGGCUGGACCCGGAUUUGCACUACUGGGGUUUCCAUCAUCAGCAGGAGCCCAGAGUGUCCAGGGACUGUAUGGCCCUGAAAAAACUUGGGGUCGUGGGGAAGAAGCGUAGCUGUCGGAAGGGCCAGAAUCUCAGGCCUGGCCCCGACCCCAGCCUGGGGUGGGGUCUUCCCCGCCUGUCUUUUAUGCCUUAUGGGAAGGCCCAGCCAUAACUCGGGGGCCAUGCUGGAGCUGGAGACCAGCUCAGGCCUCCUCCAUUGGAACCCCAUGACUGGGGAGAUGACACCUAUACCCCUAACUGUUUGCACUCUCUGGUGUGUGAUUUGACUCUCUGCUUUUCUUUUGGAGUGACCCUGUGGUCAUAGUCUUGGGGAGGCAAGCUGGGGGAGCCCCACCUGGUCCCACUCCUGGGGGAGGUCACCACUUGUUGUUCGGCCCUCUUGAGAGGCCUUGGGGGCCUGAGGGUGAUGCCAGAGGUGAGUGGCUCCUGUGGGGGCUCUGCAGGGCUCCUAGAGUUCUCAGUCUGUCUCCUUCACUCAUUGGCCUUCUCUGAGGCCUCCUGUGAGCAUCUCACGUCUGUCUAUCCAUCUGUCCUGGGUCAGAAGUGGAGUCAGUGUGUGAGUAGAGAGCAGGAGUAUUUAUGAAAAUAAAACAUCCUUUUUCCUGGA